CAUGCUACCAGAGUAAAAUUUUGUCCCGAAACUUUAACCUGAGACCAUGGAAUCCACUUUAAGUUGUAUUUUGUGUUUUUGUAUCGGCACAUUCGUUGUGCUUAACGUGCUAGGAAGCAUUGAGUUUUCAAGAUAUUUUCCGCUGGACAAUUAUACUUGCGAUACUACAAAAAUCGUGUUUCAUUUAAUACGUAAUAACCGCGUUACAUGUGCGAUGAUGUGUUCUUUCAACGAUGAUUGCUACGGGGUUUAUUUUGAUCACGUGACACAGGAAUGUAAAUGAUGUUCGGCAGACUUUGAUGACAUACCUCGGGCUCGUAAUGGGUCUGUGUAUUACGCUCGUAAUAGUAAGUUAAACGAAAGCACACAUCACAUCAUGAAGUACGCAAAUGCUCAGUUCAACAAUAAAAGAUGCAAUGAGAGCGAACUUGUGUUUCACAAUUUCAACAUGACAAGUUAUCAACAAUGUGCAAGAGCAUGUGCCGACAGUUCUAUGUGCUUCAGUUACUUCUAUAAUCCGGACAAACAAGAGUGUCUAGGAUGUCAAUCUGAGUACAGCGUUCUAAGAACCAGUCCAGUGCUGGAAGAGUGGACCGGCUCAAUUUAUUUUGGACGAUUUCGGUAUCUCGGAUGUUACGACAACUAUCCACGAAUUUUGGAAAAUGCCCAUACAUAUUCUACGGGCAUGGUCACUGAAUUAUGUGUCGCACGUUGUAUAAGUGGAGGAUAUUUGUAUGCUUUGACUGAGAGUGGUCAUUGGUGUCAAUGUGGCAAUGACUUUUCACCAAAUGAAAAACUUACAGAGGAUCGAUGUAACUCGGCUUGCCCUGGGAAUGAAGAUCAAUUUUGUGGAAAUGCGUACGUAGGAUCAGUGUACAUCUUAUAAUACAGCUUGAUAGGCUUGUAAUGGAGUAUAUUUUUUCGAC